UACGUAAUUCUAGCCUCACGGAUCAUAUAAAGGUCUUAGGAUCAUCUCAUCUCUCAGAUCAGAGACACACACACAUUCAUUCUAGAUCAUCCUUCAGUUAGCAGUUAUACAGUUGUUUUUAGCCUUUAGUUUAUAUUGAUUCUAUCCUAUUGCCUUUUAUCCCUCGUUUAUUGAUCAGUUGAAUUCGUAUUUAUAAGUCAGAGUAUAGUGCCAUCAUCAGCGGCUUAGAGCCUCUUACGAGGAUCAGGUUGUUGAAGUGAUAGGCCAUACUCUGCAGGAGUCCCUACCUCCUGUCCAACAAUAAUGAGACAGAUGAGUAUGGCUGCGAUAGACUCAACCGCCAACGACAACGCCUUGGCUUAGACGGAGAUUGCACUACUAGCCCUGGGAACACCCAUCCAGAGCAUUUCGUGUGGAGUAGGAUACGAUUAAUACUCAGAGAACCGUUGCUCGAAUUUUGGGGCUGCUUCAUCAUGGUAUUGAUGGGAAAUUCCGUUCUUGCCCAAACCUACCUUAGCAAUCAGGAGUAUGGGAGUUGGAUUAACAUUUGCUUCGGUUGGGCAUGUGGUGCUGCUUUUGGUAUAUACGUUGCAGGUGACUCUGGUGCCUAUUUGAACCCGGCAGUGACACUUACCAAUUGUCUUUUUCGAGGACUACCGUUAAGACGCUUUCCGAUAUAUGCCGCUGCUCAGUUGCUCGGGAUGUUCUGUGCUGCAGGCGUAGUAUAUGCAAAUUAUAUAUCCGCAUUUGAUAACUACGAGGGAAGAGGGAUCCGCACCAUCCCCCCGAGUAAAACGUCUAGCGCCAAGAUAUUCUGCACAUUUCCCGCAUCGUUUGUGCCCAAGGCGAGCCAAUUCUUUUCCGAAUAUAUUGCCAACUUUGUCGUUAUGUUCUGUAUGUUCGCAAUGAGAGACGAAAAUGGGGCUCAUCUAAAAGGAGGUGGAUGGUUCGUUUUGGCCUUGUUCCUUCUAAACAUAGUAAUGAUAAGUAGCUUCGGCUGGGAGACUGGGUCACCCAUCAAUCCAGCUCGCGAUCUUACAGGAAGAAUCUGGUUAACCAUCCUCGGCUAUGAUAACGCAUGGUCUGCCUUUGACGCAUACUCUUGGAUUCCUGUUGUAGUACCGUUUAUUGCUACUAUAAGCGGGGCUAUUGCGUAUGACAUGUUCAUAUACACUGGGGAUAGCCCCAUCAACAGUACUGGUUUAGGGCUUAAUAAUUUAUGCUCGAAAAUCUGUGGAGAACGAAAGAAGCGGCAAGUGGACGAAGAAGAGAAUAGGGGGGCCAACACUGAAUACGACGACGACGAUUUGGUAAGACCUGCCGAGGAAAGAAGAAGAACUGAAGGAAGCCAAGGAGGGUCGAGGAAACAGUGGAUUACGAAUAAAGAUACGGGCUACGAUAUGCCGCAGGACGGCGAUCCAGAAUCAACGGCCGGGUUUAACGGAUCUAAUAACGAAUUACAAAACAAGACAAGUAGAAAUAAUAAUUACGGCAACACUUAGAAAAGCAUUGCUAGCGAUGGUAAUAAUUACGGUAUUAAACAGCAAUCGUUCCCAGACGGAGACUCAACUCUAGAUGGAAUGACUGAUAUAGAUAUAGAAGGGGAACAGUAACCUUCCUCACGCUCAAACGAAACUCAGGGUGAGUUGGAAUGAGUUUGCUUUCAACUUAACUAACACUUAUAUUGCUAUAGUUUUAUCGGGUUGUCAAUUCAUCUGGCAGGACUAUUUACCAAUAAGUUAUGUAUUAAAACUGAUGUACAUUUGGCCUAUUUUCUGGCCUAGAUGUUACACG